ACCGUCGAUAGUGCCCCAGCUCUAGUUAACGUUAACUUUUCGAGCUGUUCGGACGUCAAAGCGGAAGAAAAUUCGCGGGCUUUUCACUUUUGUUCGUUGCAAACUGUUCAAACUUUGCCGACGACGCAGUAUUUAUUGUCUUUCAAAAGCAAACGAUACUGCUGAAUACCGCCCCACGCAGAAAGUGUUAAGCACCGAAAUCCACAACUGCAACGCUAAGUGAGCAAAGUGUCUUCCAGCGUGACCAUGGCAUUAAAGGGCCAAAUGUGUUAAAAUUGUGAAUAUUUAUGAGUGUAAAAUUAGCACAAUAUAUAAUCGCAGAGGAAACAAACUAACCAAGCCAAAUGGCGAUGCUUCCGCGGUGGAUUCUGCUGCCCCUGCUCCUGAUUUUGCGGAUCUCGUGGAGCGAUGCUGUGCCUUUGCAGCAGUUCUCGCCGGAUCCCGAUGACAGCAUCGAGAACUGCGGCGGCGAGAAUGGAGCUCCCCUGAUGACGCCCUGCAAGAGCGCCAUAAUCCUGGAUGCCCAGACGAGCACCACGCUAAAGUGCGAGGGCGACGAGCCUAUGAGCUGGUGGACCAGUCAAUCGCAGUACGUGCAUGUAAAGUCCUUCAAUAAUACGGAGGAUCCGGCUCGACCAUUCGGUACCAGCGUGGAUCUCAUCGAGGUGACGGCUGACUAUGUGGCAGCCUACUAUUGCGUGAAGAACUCAAAGUUUAGUCAAAUCGCCAAGGAGGAGCAGUCGGAUGAGGUGAUGAUCGAACUGGUUAAUCAGGGAUACGCCAGCUCCAUCUACGUGUACGUGAAUGAUCCGGACACUAAGCUGGUCGAUAGUCACAACGUGGUGACGGCACGCCAGUACACUGACGUAGUCAUACCCUGCAAGCCAGCCAUGCCGGACACAGAGGUGCUGCUGGAGACCAGUAAUGGAGAAAUGCAUUCCAGCAAAUCUGUCGGUCGAUACGAUCCGCAACGGGGAUUCACCAUCGAAAUUCGCAGCAUCGUGGAUGGCGGCGACUACUACUGCCGCCCCAAUCCGCCAUUCCCGCAUAACGAAGAGGAGAUGACCAGCAUAGAAGUGCGCUUUAUUGGUAACGGUCACAUUGAUACAACCGGAUUGGAAAUCCCUCGUACCCAACCGACUAACAUGGUGUACACAAAUGCACCAGGUGUCACCGAUGGCGAUGACGAGGUCCUCACUGUUACUAACCAAUCGACGGGUAAUGUGGCACUAAUCCGUGGUGGUGAUGGAACUUUAUCCAGGGAGCGGGCACGGCGAAGUCCAGCCCGCCUGGCUCCGAUGAAUGCGUCGCCCUCACCCAGACCAGGGCCUGUAGCAUUGCUGGCCAGUCCCAGUCCAUUGCGAAGGGUAUCUAAUAAAGCUAAACUUUCUACCAACGCCACAGAAGACGGCAAGCCGCUGCCAAAGCCGGUGAUCAGGUCCUCCGUGGAGCAUCAUGUCUUUACGGACACCAACUUCACCCUGGAUUGCGAGCAGUCCGCCUACGUUGAAUCAGUAUACGGAAUGGAAUGGUUCACUCCAUCCCGGGAUGAGAAUCGCAUCUUUGCCUCCCAAUCGAGAACCGAUCCCAAGACCAGGAACAGCACCCACCAGACGGGCAGGAGCACCUUGACAGUGCUGAAUGCACAACCCUCGGACACUGGUCUAUACAAGUGUGUGACCACAGACAAUUCCAACCAGAACGUACAACGUGCCACCUACAGGAUUAAGGUCCUAAAGCAAAACGAAAGUUACCUGAACGUGGGCGAACCAUCGGGUCAUUACAACGUGCAGGAAUAUGCCAAUCGCACCAUCCAGAUGACCGCGAACUUUGAGGGAUUUCCGACGCCCUCCUUCAGCUGGUUCAAGCCCGAUGGCACCGAGGUGCGGCAGUCGGAGAAUAACUUCAAGAUUCUCUCCACGGAAUUGAGCACAAUGCUCCAGGUGCUGAACGCCCAAUUGCAGGACAGCGGCACGUAUGUCCUCCGAGGAUCCAAUUCCUUCGGCAUCGUCCAGCGGGAGUACAAUGUCAGUGUGAUGGACGCUCCGGCGCUAAAGAUGUCCGAUGCCUAUGUCCAGGUGGGAUCUGUGGCGCGACUGGAGUGCACCGUACGCUCCUAUCCGCCGGCUAUCGUCACCUUCUUCUUCCGCCCCUGCAGCCUGGAACCACGGUGGCCCACUUGCUCCGUACUCAAUCAGAACUUUAGCUUGCCGAGUGAACAGGAGAAAUACCAGUUCCAGACCCGACCGAGACCCGGAAAGCUGAGUGUGGAACGCAUAUACGAGGUAUCGUUCCUGCCCACGGAGCCGGGAAUCCUCACGUGCAUUGCCCAAAAUAUCAUUGAUGGAAAGGAACGGAGGUCCCUGACGAAGGCGCACGUUCUGCUGGGCAACAUUUCCGAGAACAUGACCAUAUAUGACUUCGAUAAGGAUCACAAAAUCGCCAAGGAGGAUAAUGUGAACUUCACCUGCGAGGCGCUGGCCUAUCACUUUGAUGGAAAUCUUAAAUGGUUCAUCAAUGGAGAAAAUUUGAAGGAGUCAGAUUUGGUUCGCAUUGAGACCAGCCAUACCAAGUACUCCUACAAGAGCACUGUACACAUCUCCACGAUAUCCGACAGGGAUCGUGGAACCUACGAGUGCCGGGCCUACCACAACGACAACGACGCCGUUUACAGCAGCCGGGAGAUAGACUUGUACGUCCACGAUCCCUCUGCUCCUCAGUGGACAAACGCCGACCAGGCGGGACACUCGAAAAUAAAGCGCAAACUUAGCCAAACGCUGGAGCUGGAGUGUGCCUCCACAGCGGUUCCCGUGGCCAUUGUGCGUUGGUUUAAGGACGACAAGGAGGUGACCGAAUCAAAGCUCAGGCACAUUAUUGAAAAGGAAUCCAAGCUGCUGAUCACUCACCUCUAUCCCGGAGAUGAAGGCGUCUACAAGUGUGUGGUCGAGAACCGACUGGACAGAAUCGAACGCUCCUUCACGGUGGUGAUAUCAGAUCUGCCCGGCAUUAGCAUGGCCUGGGUGUGGUUCGGUGUGAUACUAUUCCUCAUCCUGAUCGGUCUGUGCCUCUUCCUGGCCGUGCGCUACCAGAAGGAGCACAAGCGGCAUCUGGCCCUUAAGGCAGCCGGAUUGGCCAACUUCGAGGAGGGCGCCGUGGGACACAUUAAUCCCGAUCUGACCCUGGACGAGCAGGCGGAACUGCUGCCCUACAAUCGGGAAUUCGAGUUCCCGCGGGACAACCUGAAGCUGGGCAAGCAACUGGGAGCCGGAGCAUUUGGCGUAGUGCUCAAGGGCGAGGCCAAGGGCAUUCGGCGAGAGGAGCCCACCACCACGGUGGCCGUCAAAAUGGUCAAGGCGACGGCUGACAACGAGGUGGUGCGGGCACUGGUCUCCGAGCUCAAGAUCAUGGUACAUCUGGGACAGCACUUGAAUGUGGUCAAUCUCCUGGGUGCAGUUACAAAAAAUAUAGCAAAGCGCGAACUCAUGGUCAUUGUGGAAUACUGUCGCUUUGGCAACAUUCAGAACUUCCUUCUGAGGAACAGGAAGUGCUUUAUCAAUCAAAUCAAUCCAGAUACCGAUCACAUUGACCCCAGCAUCAUGACCCAGCGCAUGUCCGACAACUAUGAACUAAACCGCGAUACGAAUGGUGGUGGCUUGAAGUACGCCAAUGUCGGUUUCCCGAUCCACUCUUACAUUAAUGAGCCGCACAACAAUAACACGCAACCGCCAACUCAUCGCAGAAACUCGGACAAUGAUCCCCGAUCGGGCACCCGAGCCGGACGAACCGGAUCCGGAUCAGCCACCUACAGCUACGACCGUCAGAUGGAUACCUGUGCCACCGUGAUGACCACCGUCCCAGAAGACGAUCAAAUAAUGUCCAAUAACUCCGUACAACCCGCCUGGCGUUCCAAUUACAAAACCGACUCCACGGAGGCGAUGACAGUGACCACUGUGGAUUUGAUCAGUUGGGCAUUCCAAGUGGCAAGGGGCAUGGAUUACUUGUCCUCCAAGAAGGUGUUGCACGGCGAUCUGGCCGCCAGAAAUAUUCUCCUCUGCGAGGACAAUGUGGUAAAGAUUUGUGACUUUGGUCUGGCUCGAUCCAUGUAUCGAGGGGAUAACUACAAGAAGUCAGAGAGUGGAAAGCUGCCCAUCAAGUGGCUGGCGCUGGAAUCGCUGAGCGAUCAUGUGUUCAGCACAUAUAGCGAUGUUUGGUCCUAUGGAAUUGUUCUAUGGGAGAUGUUCUCGCUGGCCAAGGUGCCGUAUCCGGGCAUCGAUCCCAACCAGGAGCUUUUUAACAAACUGAACGACGGCUACCGCAUGGAGAAGCCGAAAUUUGCCAACCAGGAGCUCUACGAGAUUAUGCUAGAGUGCUGGCGAAAGAAUCCCGAGAGCAGACCUUUGUUUGCUGAGCUGGAGAAGCGAUUUGCAAACAUGCUGGGCGAGGAUGUAGCCAGCCACUACUUGGACCUAAACAAUCCGUACAUGCAGAGCAACAUUGAGUACAUGAAGAAGCAGUCCACGGAUUACCUGGCACUGAUGGGCUCACCCGACGAGAUGGCGCCUGCAGCUCCGCGCUACGUGAACGGGCACAUAGUUCCCGAUAUACGCAUCGAGGAGCUGCCGGAUGACUACAUGGAGAUGAGCCGGGACUCUGAUCCCGAUGCCAGCACCGCCAUAUUCUCACCCAAACGCCUCGAGGGCGAGACCUCAGACUUUCCGGAUUUCUCUAGCGAAACCACUUUCAAUUUCCCAGGGGCGCGACAGUCGCCUACGCUGAGUAACAAUCUCAACAGCGGAUCGAGUAAGCCGCUCCGCAAGAAGAACGGCAUGCCAACUGUCGAUGUGGCGGAUCAGGCGCCGGAGGAGAUACCUAUGCUGCAUCGCCGCUCCACCGGAUCGGAUGGGAGUCCGGAGCAGGGAAGGCGCUUCAAUCAGGCCAUCAUGCAGCAGUAUGCCACGCCCACACCGUCCCCUCGCCAUCAUGUGGAAACCAAACUCAAUGGGCAGUCCUCCGAAAACUAUGUGAAUAUGAAGCCACCCAGGAAGAAUAUACCCGGCAAAACCACAACAGGUGGCGGGGGCGCUGGUGCUGGAGCCUCCACGGAGGCCUUCUCGAAUCCCAGCUAUCAGCCACUGUCCACCGUCAACGAGAAGGAGCAACGAAGGUAUUAGGACGUCCCGGAGCCAUUAGCUUAAGUUUAGGACCUCUUUGCAGCUCAGUUGGAGUUUUAAGUGAAAUUUUAAAUAGAAAAUUUUAAAUAUAAUCAACUUAUGUAAUGACUAUUGUUGAUCUUAGGAAAACAAAUUGUUAACAGAAAGUAAUCGUACGCGAUAGAACCUUUUAAAAAAUGUUAAAAUUUCAACUUAAUUGUUUAGGGGCCUUUAAGAAACAAUACUACUUAGUGGCAUUGUCAAGAUUCUGAUAUAGCUUUAGGACCACACACUCACUCCAUGUUAUAUACUAUUAAUGCCAUUUCAUGUUUUACAUUUAGUGUAGCCUAAGUUUAUUAAACUUAUAUAUGUAAAUGAUUGUCUUAAAAUGUGUAUGCAUGUACCUACGACUACUCAAAUACAAUGGGUAUGAUAACAAUA